AUGAAAACUAAAUCAUUUGAUUUUCAUUUGAUUUGUUUUGGAAAGAAAAAGUGAAAUUUUCUCUUGAGUUUUUCUAAAAUUAAUCAACAAUGUCGGCCGAUUUAAGCAAAAUGCGUAAAGAAUAUUCUGAUCGACAUCAAAUUCUUGAUGAAAAUGAUAUAAUUGAUGAUCCAUUUGAAUUAUUUCAUUAUUGGUUUGAAAUGGCCAAAGAAAAAGCACCGGAUGAUAAAUGGACUGAAACAAAUGCUGUUUGUUUGUCAACAGCAACAAAAGAUGGUCGACCAUCAUCAAGAAUGGUUUUGCUAAAAGGAUAUGAUCCGAAAAAUGGUUUUACAUUUUUUACCAAUUAUGAAAGUCGUAAAGGAAUUGAAAUUCAAGAAAAUGAACAGGUUGCAUUAUUAUUCUAUUGGAAUUAUCUUUCACGUCAGAUACGUAUUGAAGGUUGUGCAAAAAAAUCAUCAACCGAAGAAUCGGAUAGAUAUUUUCAAUCAAGACCAAAAAUUUCACAGAUUAGUGCACGAAUAUCCGAACAAUCAAGACCAAUUGAUUCACGUGAAACAUUAAUUCAACGACAACAAAAAGAAUUGGAAAAAUUUCCCAACAACACUAUGAUACCGAGACCAGAAUUUUGGGGUGGUUUUCAUAUACAACCAAAACGUUUUGAAUUCUGGCAAGGACAAAGUGAUCGUACACAUGAUCGAUUUAUAUUUGAAUUUGAUUCUAUUGAACAAAAAUGGAAAAAAUAUUAUCGAAUUCAACCAUAAUUCGAGAUGAUCAUUUUACAUUCAGAUUCGAAAAGACUUUUUAUUAUUUUGAAUUUAUAUUGCCA